AAGCGUUUAAGCCUACAGGGGAACUGCAUUUCUGAAAUACCGUUCAUGCAACUGGUGGGUUAUUCCAAACCUGUGCAGACUGCCACUGAAGAAGAGGCGGAAGAGGCACUCGCUCACUCGGAGCCUUCCGAUCAGUAUUUGACAAGAAUCUCAGAGAACCGCAAAGAAUCCAGUUUACCUCUUCCAGCGCUGCAGUACCUCAAUCUAGCUGACAACAAGGUUGCUAAGGAGGAAGCACUGAUGGCUGCCACUCUUUUCCCGAUGCUUCGUGAAAUUGAUAUUCAGUUCAACCCCAUAACCACGCGGAGGAGAGGAGACCCUCCCUUGCUGGCCUACAUGCAGGAGAGACUUGGAAUAACAAUAAAGCAGAAGAAAACACAGGAGGUUGUGAAGCGCCCGCUGAAAGUGUCCAAUGAACCAAAAUGGAGGGUGGAUGAAAAAAUGCCAAAGGUGUCAAAGAAGCUAUUACUGCUGAAUCCACAAAGCCAGGCUGGCAAAAAUGAAGGCAAGAGCAGCAGAAACCACACCUUCCAUGAAAAAAGAAACCCCUUCUUUCUUACUCAGGCAGCAGAUGGACCUGAGUUUGAAUUUGGUCUUCUUCCUGAAGACAAAGAAACUGCAGACAGCAAGGAGAGAAACAUUUCCAAUCCCGAGCAGUUUGAUUUCUUGAUGGAUGUCGAACCGAACCCUCGUGUGCUCAAGCUUAAUGGAAUUCAAACAGCUGUUCGGAUGCUGGAGCACACACUGAAGAAUCUCAAUGUUUACAGGGACUCGAAACCAAAGCUCGACAGCAUCCAGACGCCAUACAGGGAGCGAGAGAAAAGGAUUAAGGAGCUGCCACCUCUGAAACCUGUGAAGCAGCUGACUGAAAGGGUAGAUGACAUGAUCCAAGAAAUCAGAGAGAGUAAAACAGUAAAAGUGGUCCCUUUAGCCACUGCCCUACACAGCAGAAGUGUCAGUAAGCAAGAAUAUAAGGAAGCUCUCUCGCUGAUGAGGGACAUGAAAAGAACAUAUAAGAUGGUCCACGCGAAAACAAUGGAGCAAGAAGCCGCCAUCAAGUCUGACAGAGACUCUGACCAAAUCUGAGCUGAAUCUCCAUCUGUUUAAAAGUCACGUCCAAAUAAUUAGCCGAGCAGAUUUUCUUUGGCUUGAAAUGUUUUCUUUACAGAAAUAAGUAAAUGGAGCAAUUUUUUCCUCAACUAUCAGCUCUGGAGUUGAAGUGCAGAGUUCACAAAGCUCAAGCAGAUGCAAGGGUGUCUAAUUGUAACUAAAAAAGUGUGCCACUGUCUGCUCCCCGUAAGCCUGACGGUUCUGAGCAGCUGUGCCGCCACGGCUGUGACCAGAAUCCGUCCAGGAUGAAUGCAUUGUAUUCAUUAGGAGUUUAUCAGUUGUGAAAACAGAAAGUAGAGAGAGCUUUUUCUCUUUUUUUUUGUUUUGGGUGAGGAGAGGUGUUUUAAACUGUUUGUGCACAUUUGUAUGCAAACACCCUGUUCUGUAGAAGGAACACUGAGGUGGAUUUACAGUGCAACAAAGUCCACAUCAAGCCCUGCUCUAACUGUAAAACUGUGUGCAUUACUGCUCUUAUUUUAUAGCUUGGAAAAAUUUUAUAGCACAAAAUGAUUUUUUUCUUAGCAGCCAGCAUGUUGUUUUACCAGCUGUAUUUGAAAAUGUUGUACACCCUCUAAUGGUUCCCAAUCAGCUAUUCUCCAUGUGCAUCACCCUCUCACUCACCUUUUAUAUGAGAUUUUCAAAAAUGAUUAUUUGGCUGAUUAUUAUCUUUUCGUAACUUUGAACAGACUUCUGCAGUGCAGUGGUAGUUGUUUGUUUUCGUUGCUCAUUCCCUUUUUGAUUUCAUGGUCUUGUCCAUCAUAUGAUUUUGAUUAUUUGUCUCGAGUGCAGCGUGCAGAUGUGGAAUGCAUGUUCAGCCCCUGUGGAAUAAAUCACUUGGCACUCUGAA